AUGAGAAAAUGGAGAGGCGAAAAAUUACAUUAUGGAGGUCUAGGAGGCAUUGAGGUUCUCUUUUAUCAGAGGAGUGUAUGUGGAAGCAAUGUGCGGUCUGUCAGAUGUAAGUUACAUAAUAUAUAUACUAACUGUAUUUAUAUUAACGCUCGUAUGACUUUUAUUUCGACAUGUCUAACACAAAUGGUGUUUUGGAAGAAUUGUUGUUUCAUAUCAAUCAGGUUGCUGUGGUCAUGUGGUAGCUAUCGGAUUGAUCGGAUGGUUGAAUUACGUACAAAAAUUUGUUUGUUUGUUUUCUCCUACUUCGUAAUUUAG